AUGGCUCAAUCUCGUACCAAGACCGUGCUCGUCACAGGCUGCACACCCGGCGGCAUCGGCGCUGCACUUUGCGAAGAGUUCCGGCGUCGAGGUUUCCACGUCCUAGCGACUGUCCGGACACCCUCCAAAGCAGCAUCGCUCAGCAGUUCGAAACCGGCAAACGGCAGCUCGGAAGGAUGGAUAGAAGUGCUGCCACUCGAUGUUACCAGCAAGGAGUCGAUUGAGAAGUGCAAGGCUCAAUUGAAGACCAAUGGAAUCGAUGGACUGGACGUUUUGGUCAACAAUGCUGGAGGCAUCGCAGGCGGAGGUCCCAUCCUCGACAUGAACAUCGAAGAGUCAAAGAAAAUGUUCGACGUCAACGUCUGGGGUUUGUUGGCGGUCACGCAGGCGUUCGCACCUCUCCUGAUGGACCGAAAAGGCUGCAUCCUCAACAUCUGCUCCGUGGCCGGCGCACUGAAGCUGGCGUGGCAAGGCGGUUACAACGCCUCAAAAGCCGCCGCGACCUUCUUGUCCGAGACUUUGAGAAUCGAAGUGGAGCCGCUCGGACUGCGUGUCGUCACUGCCAUGGUGGGCGAGGUCCAAAGUCAGAUCUGGCAGCAGGGAGAUUCGUACAAGUUGCCAGAAGGCUCCUACUACAAAUCUGUGGAGCGAUUCAUUGUUGAUCAGAUGGAGGGCAAAAAGCAGGCCAAGGAAGAGCCGACCGAAACUGUGGCGAAGAGUCUGGUUGAUGAUGUCCUGAGCGGCAUGUCCGGUCAGACGUGGAGAGGAGGGCAGGCGGGUGCUGCGAAGAAUGCUCUUCGGUUCGUGCCGAGCAAGCUAUUUCCUGGACCGAGAAGCGCGGAACCUGUCGCAUGCAAGAAAGUCGACAUUCACUGCGUGGUAGUCAUCUGA